AUGGGGAUGGGGACAGGGACGGUGUCACCUCCCCGGGACAGAGACGCGCGGGCGCGGCGCGGCCCCGCCGCCCCUCACUCACAUGGCGCCUCCUCCUUCACCGCUUCACUUCCGCCACUCCUUCGCUCCGCGCAUGCGCCCGGCCCCGGGGCGGGAACCGCGCGCGCGGCGCAGGCGCAGAGCCGGAAGCGGAAGCGGCGCGGCGAGGGCGGAGGGAAAAUGGCGGCGGCCGCGGCGGCCCCCGAGGACGAGCUGGUCUCGUCGGUGACGCUUUACCGGCGGCGGCCGCGCCUGCUCCGCGGCACCGUGCUGCCCUUCGCCGCCGGGCUCUACCCGGCGUGGCUGUGGAUGUGGGGGCCGCGGUUGUGGGCGGCGGGGGAGGCGGGACCGCCCGAGGCGGCGCUGUUGGCGCUCGGCGCCAUCGCGGCGCUGCAGCUGCUGACGGCGCUGGCCGGGCUCUGGUCGGUGCACGCCGAGUGCGCGCUCAGCUGCGUGAGGGAGCCCUGUCCCCAAAAAGCCACCCUGGCCAAGGUGGUGCCGACCCCCAACAACGGCUCCGUGGAACUGGUGCCAAUCCACAGGGAGCAGGGUGAAGAUGGGCUGGAAGCUUUGAGUUUUGAAUUCCAAAAAAUCAAAUAUUGCUACGAAAUCCAUGGAAAAAAACAAUUCCUGCCCGUGGCAUUCCCUGUGGAGCAUCCCAUGGGAUUUUACCAGAAUUCCAGAGGAUUCCAGGAGGAGCAGGAAAUUCGGGAAGCUGAGAGGAAAUAUGGGAAUAACAAGGCGGAAAUGGUGGUGCCAGAAUUCCUGGAGCUUUUCAAGGAAAGAGCCACGGCUCCGUUCUUCGUUUUCCAGGUGCUGUGCGUGGGGCUGUGGUGCCUGGACGAGUUCUGGUACUACAGCCUCUUCACCCUCUCCAUGCUCGUGGCCUUCGAGGCCUCCCUGGUGCAGCAGCAGCUCCGGAACCUCUCGGAAAUCCGGAAAAUGGGCAACAAACCCUUCCCCAUCCAGGUCUACAGGAACCGGAAGUGGCGCCCGAUUUCCAGCGAUGAGAUCAUCGCCGGGGACAUCGUUUCCAUCGGCCGCUCCCCCCAGGAGAAUUUGGUGCCCUGUGACCUCCUCCUGCUGCGGGGCCGCUGCGUGGUGGACGAGGCCAUGCUGACGGGAGAGUCCGUGCCGCAGAUGAAGGAGCCGGUGGAGGGGCUGAGCCCGGAGCGGGAGCUGGAGCUGGGCCGGGACGGGCGGCUGCACGUCCUGUUCGGGGGCACGCGGCUCAUCCAGCACCUGCCCCCGCCGCGCGCCGCCGCCGGCCUCCGGCGUGAGCAUUCCCGGGAAUCGGGGAGUCCUGGGAAUCAGGGAGUCCUGGGAAUCGGGGAGUCCUGGGAGUCGGGGAGCCCCAGGAAUCGGGGGAGUCCCGGGAAUCGGGGGAGUCCUGGGAAUCGGGGAGUCCUGGGAAUCGGGGGAGUCCCGGGAGUCGGGGGCAUUCCGGGAAAUGGGGAGAAUCCUGGGGAACGGGAGAGUCCCGGGAAUCGGGGAAUCCCGGGAAUCGGGGGAGUCCUGGGAAUCGGGGAGUCAUGGGAAUCGGGGGAGUCCUGGGAAUUGGGGGAGUCCUGGGAAUCAGGGGAGUCCCGGGAGUCGGGGGAGUCCCGGGAAUCGGGGGAGUCCUGGGAAUUGGGGGAGUCCUGGGGAAUGGGGGAGUCCUGGGAAUCGGGGGAGUCCCGGGAAUCGGGGGAGUCCUGGGAAUCGGGGGAGUCCCGGGAAUCGGGGGAGUCCUGGGAAUCGGGGAGUCCUGGGAAACGGGGGAGUCCCGGGAAUCGGGGGAGUCCCGGGAAUCGGGGAGUCCUGGGAAUCGGGGGAGUCCCGGGAAUCAGGGGAGUCCCGGGAAUCGGGGAGUCCUGGGAGUCGGGGGAGCCCCGGGGAACGGGGGAGUCCCGGGAAUCAGGAGAGUCCCGGGAAUCGGGGAGGCUGCUUUUCCAGGGAAAGCUGCUCCGGACGAUCCUGUUUGGGGUGAAGAGGGUCACAGCCAACAACCUGGAGACCUUCAUCUUCAUCCUCUUCCUCCUCGUCUUCGCCAUCGCCGCCGCCGCCUACGUCUGGAUCCAGGGCACCAAGGACCCGCGGCGGAACCAGUACCGGCUGUUCCUGGAGUGUGCCCUGAUCCUGACCUCCGUGGUGCCCCCCGAGCUGCCCAUCGAGCUCUCCCUGGCCGUCAACACCUCCCUCAUCGCCCUGGCCAAGCUCUACGUUUACUGCACGGAGCCGUUCCGGAUCCCCUUCGCGGGGAAGGUUCAGGUUUGCUGCUUCGACAAAACCGGGACCUUGACCAGCGACCACCUCGUGGUCAGAGGGGUGGCCGGGCUCAGGUGGGUCCUGAUCCCAAAAUUCCCUAAAGUUUUCCCGAGGAGUCUAAAAACUCCGGGAAUGAGAAUUCACCAGCGCUUUCAUUUCUCCAGUGCCCUGAAGAGGAUGGCGGUGCUGGCUUCCCUGGAAAACGCCUCCGGAGAAAUCCGAUACCUGGCGGCCGUCAAGGGCGCUCCCGAGACCCUGCACGCCAUGUUAUCCCAGUGUCCCAGCAACUACCACGAGAUCCAUCGGGAAUUCUCCUACGAGGGCGCGCGGGUCCUGGCCCUGGGCUACAAAGAGUUGGGAGCCCUGAGCCACCAGCAGGUGCGGGAGAUGAAGAGGGAAUCCUUGGAAUGUGACCUGAGAUUUGUGGGAUUCAUCCUGGUCUCCUCCCCGCUCAAAGCCGACUCCAAGGCCGUGAUCCGAGAGAUCCAGAGCGCUUCCCACCACGUGGUGAUGAUCACGGGGGACAGCCCGCUGACCGCCUGCCACGUGGCGCGGGAGCUGCACUUCCUGCAGAAGGAAAAAAUCCUCAUCCUGCAGCCCCCGGAGCGCCCCGGGCUGCCCUGGCAGUGGCGCUGCCGGGACGGAUCCGUGGCGCUGCCGGCGUUCCCGGAUUCCCUGCGGGAUCUGACGGAUCCCUUCGAGCUCUGCCUGACCGGGGAGGGGCUGGAGCAGCUCCGCUGGGAAUUCCGGGAUUCUGGGAGCUUUUCCCGAUGUUUUUCCGGGCAGGAAUUCGUGAUCACGGCGCUGAAGAGCCUCGGCUACUGCACCCUCAUGUGCGGGGACGGCACCAACGACGUGGGAGCGCUCAAACACGCCGACGUGGGCGUGGCCCUGCUGGCCAACGCUCCGGAGCGCGUUCCCGAGCGGAAGCGGCGGCCCCGGGACGGCCUCGGGGACGGCAGGGCCGGAAUUCCGGCCGGGAAUGUCAAACCCUCAUCCCGAGGAGCCAAGCAGCGACUCCUGGCCCAGCGGGAGGAGCAGCUGGCCAUCCACAGGGAGCGGCUGAGCCAGGUGCUGAGGGACCUGGAAGAGGAGAGGGCCCCCGUGGUGAAGCUGGGGGACGCCAGCAUCGCCGCCCCCUUCACCUCCAAACUCUCCUCCAUCCAGUGCAUUUGCCACGUGAUCAAGCAGGGCCGCUGCACGCUGGUGACCACGCUGCAGAUGUUCAAGAUCCUGGCGCUGAACGCGCUGGUGCUGGCCUACAGCCAGAGCGUGCUCUUCCUGCAGGGGGUCAAGUUCAGCGACCUCCAGGCCACGCUGCAGGGGCUGCUCCUGGCCGGCUGCUUCCUCUUCAUCUCCCGCUCCAAGCCCCUGAAGACCCUUUCCAAGGAGAGGCCCCUUCCCAACAUUUUUAACCUGUACACGGUGCUGACGGUGCUGCUGCAGUUCCUGGUGCAUUUCCUCACUCUGGUGUUCCUGUACCAGGAGGCGCAGGCCCGGAGCGAGCCCAGGGAUGAGGAGGAGUUCGUGGACGUGAGCCGGGAGUUCGCGCCGUCGCUGGUGAACAGCACCGUGUACCUGCUGGCCGUGGCGCUGCAGACCGCCACCUUCGCCAUCAACUACAAGGGCCGGCCGUUCAUGGCGGGGCUGGCGCAGAACCGGCCGCUGCUCUGGGCGCUGCUGCUCUCGGCCGGGGCCGUGCUGGGGCUGCUCAGAUUCCCGGGGGAUUUGGGGAUCGGGGAUUUUGGGAUCAGGGAUCCCUGGAACAUCUCGGGAUUCCCGGGGGAUUUGGGGAUCUGGGAUUCAGGAAUCCGUGGAACAUUCAGGAAUUCCUGGGGGAUUUGGGGAUCUGGGAUUUUGGGAUGA